UUAUAAUUUUGAGGUUAAUAUUAAGUGCGAUAUCUUCAUCUUUAAUAAUAAUUUUAAAAAAAUUUUGCAAAAAUGGCCGGAUUAACUGCCCUAGCAUGCGUAGGUCAGAACGAUUUGCUUGCUUUGCGUAAAGUCUGCAAUAGGCAAGAAGAACGUGAAAGAAAAGACUUUUACGGUAAUACCGCUCUACUAAAAGCCUGUUAUUUGGGUAGAUUGGAAGCGGCAUUAAUUUUGUUGCGUUCCGGAGCUGAUGUCAAGGCGGCAAAUUAUUGUGGACAAAAUGCCUUAACCUUGGCCACUUAUGCUAACAAUCGGGAGUUAGUAUACGAACUAUUACGUUGGUGCACUUAUAAGGAAUUCAAUCAGCUUACUUUAACUCCACCAAUAUGUGUAGCAACAAUGCUUGGACAUUGGCCACUUCAAAAAUUUUAUAAAGAAUUGGAUCGUCAUAACUAUGAAUAUAUACAGACUGCGCACGGACUUAAUUGUGAUGAUAUUAUGGCUUUUAUGAAACUCGAAAAAAUGCACUAUUAACUCAUUAUUUAUCGCAGAUUCCAGAAAAGAUAUUCUUCACAUUAUGAAAAUCACAAAUUGAAAUAAAAUUACUUUUGUUACUUACCCCUAAUGGCAAAUCGUAA